ACCAAAAUGCCGUUUUCCGUUAACGGCAUCCUUUGCACGCUCGCGCUGCUGGUCCUCUGGCGGCCGGAGGAGCUCGCCGAUGCGUGCAGCUGCGCCCCGGUGCACCCGCAACAGGCGUUCUGCAACGCCGAUGUAGUGAUCCGAGCGAAGGUGGUGGGAGAGCGAGAGGUGGAUUCAGGGAAUGACAUUUAUGGCAACCCCAUCAAGAGAAUCCAGUAUGAGAUCAAACAGAUCAAGAUGUUCAAGGGUCCUAACCAGGACAUCGAAGCUGUCUUCACCGCUCAGGUGUCUGCUGUCUGUGGCGUGAACUUGGAUGCCACCGGCAAGAAGGAGUACCUGAUCUCAGGCAAGGCUGAGGCCGACGGGAGCAUGCACGUGACCCUGUGUGACUACAUCAUGCCCUGGGACUCCUUGAGCGCCACCCAGAAGAAGAGCCUGAGCCAGCGCUACCAGAUGGGCUGCGAGUGCAAGAUCGUGCGCUGCCCCUCUCUGCCCUGCGAGAUCUCGGCCCCGGAGGAAUGUCUGUGGACGGACCUGAUGAUCGAGAAGCAGGUGCACGGUCGCCAGGCCAACCACUACGCCUGCGUGAAGAGGGCGGACGGCUCCUGCUCCUGGUACCGCGGCGUCGCACUGCCCAAGAAGGAGUUCCUGGACGCCGAGGACCCUUAAAGUCCCUCGGCAGCGCCCCGACUGCCCACUGCACAGCCUGACGAAAACAAAUGUAAAAACCGCUUCCAUUGAAAUAAAAUAUAACCACAUCA